AUGUCUCUCGUUAUUCUCACCGUCGAAGAGCUCUCCAACACUGCCGCUAUCCUCGCCGACGCUCUGACCGCGUGUGGAGCCAAGUAUGGCAUUAUCGGAGGCGCCGGAGUUGCGCUGCACGCCCAAAGGUUCCAUCUCACCGCGCAUCCCACCGCGGACAUCGACGCCAUCAUCCAGCCCAAUGCAGCAAAGGGCAUCGAUGCCGACAAAAUCUCACGAUCCCUCGCAACCAAAUUCCCUGAGACAUUUACCGCAGUGACGCUGAACGGCUUUAGCAUGCCCGCUAUUCGCAUGCAGCGGGGCGAUCAGCCCUUGCUGGUGGAGAUCAAGCUGUUUGAUAUCGAAGCUUGGCCGGAUCGACCCCAGUAUGAUCUCAACAGUCCGUUAAAUACUCCAGUUCCUGUACAUAUAAGGGGAAAAACCGUUCAGGUCAUGAGUAUUGCAUGGUUGUUGCGGGAAAAGAUAUUGUCGCAAGCCCAGCGUGAGGGGAGUAAGAAGGAACAGAGCGAUAUUUUGGACAUUACUUGCCUGACGACAAUUGCUGAAGUCCAUGAGCUGGCUUGUGAAACUGUCGAAUGCGUGGCGGCCCUUCGUCGGCUACUUGAAAAGAAACCAGAGCUGGAAAGUAGUUUGAAGAGAGCUGUUAAGUGCAGCGCUGUAUUCCCUUGA